AGAGAGAGAGAGAGAGAGAGAGAGAGAGAGAGAGAGAGAGAGAGAGAGAGAGAGAGAGAGCCCUAUAGGAGGAGGCAAUAGGACGUAUUAUCAAACAACCUGAGCAUUCAUUACGGCAUUCUUUCGAGAGGCACAAAUAUAACUAGAUGGAUUAUUAAACUCACUAGACUUAAUGGCACUAAAAGCUGGAAAAUAAAUUGCUUUAACUUAUCUUUCUUAAGGUGCUUCAAAAAUAUUCAACACAGUUAUCUUGGUGCUGUGAACUGUUGUAUAUCGCAGGGAAAGAGUUAAGAAUGCAUGUGUAAUCUCCUUAUGAUGAGGUAGAUUAGUGAAAGAUACUCAGCGAAUCAUGGAAGACUGUAUGUGUGAGCGGUGCGUGGGGUGUAAUGGAUGUGGUGAGUUGACAAUGGUGCGGUGCCAAUGAGGUGUGAAUGAUGAGGUUACUUAUGCAUGGCGGGAUGUGAAUGGUGAAAUGUGAAUAGAAGAUGUGAAUGGUAUCUCUCAUAGUGAAAGCAAAGACACUAUCUCUUGACAUGAAUGAAUGAUGGGUAAGAAAAUAAAAGAAUCUCAAUGAGUAGUGACUGCAUAUCAACCAUCCUGACACCACUUACCCUAAACACCAAGGUAACUCAUGAAAUAAAGAAUAAUUACAGAAACAUAGCAAUACAGUCACUCAUAUUUGUAACCAACCAUGACUUACAGAGAAAAUAAACACUCUUAAUUUUUCACAACGAUGAGUAUUGACACUGAAAUCACUUUAUGGAAUAGAAGACAAUUACAAAUCAUAACAGUACAACCAUCCAUAGACGUAACACACAAACUAUAGAGAAAAAACAUCACUAUUGUCAUAGUGUCGCCAGUGACUGUUCCCUUACGAAAACUAAACAGAAGUUGGGUACGUUCGAGACUGGGAGACUGGAAGAGGCGAGCAGGAAAAAGGUCAGCGGCGUCAGUAGCGGUCUGGUCCUGACGCUAAGAACACCCAAGGACCUCACCUAAGAAUCUUCACCCUCUCUCCUCGCCACAGACACUCCUCAACCAACAUCAUGGCGAGGACCUCCAGCCUGUGUCCAGCCAUCGCCUUCCUGCUGCUGGUGCUUGUGGCCACCUCGCCAGCUGCCUCUCGCGCCACAAAAGCGUCACCACCGCGCCUGCUGGAUCUGACCUACACUUACAACGUGGACGCCCCGACCAUGCCCAGUCUGAGGGCUUUCAACAUGACAACAAUAGUGAAAGGCGUCCAGGAUGAGGGAUACUGGUUAGAGAUGAAUGAGUUUUGCUCGGCGGAACACUCUGGUACCCACGUGGAUGCUCCUGUGCACUUCUCCCGCACCAGCUGGCCAGUGAACGCCAUUCCCCUGGAUCGACUGUGGCGACUUCCAGGAGUGGUGAUUGACGUGCAAGAUCAGGUAUCCACAUCCAAAGAUAAAAAUUACGCCAUCCCAGUGUCAGACUUGGAGGCGUGGGAAAGUCGCCACGGUGCCAUUCCUGACGGAGCAGUGGUCUUCCUGCGCACCGGUUGGGGUGCCAAAAGCCGCGACCUGGAUGAGUAUUCCGGAGUGGAUCAACAUGGAACUUUAAACUUCCCGGGCCUGAGCAAGGAGGCUGGCACCUGGCUGGCCACGUACGGCGCCAGAAAAGGCCUAAGCAAGGGAGUGGUGGGCGUGGGGAUUGACACCAGCUCUGUGGACGUGGGUAGCUCCACCAACUACGAGGCUCACUCCAUCAUGUACUCCCACAAUGUGUACGGCAUCGAAAACGUGGCCAACAUGGAUCAGCUGCCGAUUACUAACUUCCUAGUCACCGUGAUGCCUAUGAAGAUUGGAGGGGGCAGCGGCGGUCCGUCCAGAGUCAUCGCAGAGUUGCUUGACGAAUCACCCAGCAGUGCAAGCCGUGAUCUCUAAGCAUAACGGAGAUGGAAGGUGGUGGGGAUGCUGGUGGUGAUGGUGGUGGUGGUAGAUGAGGGUUGCCAGUAACACGCUUUGGAAAUUGAAUUAAAAGAGCGGGUCAUAUAGGGUGUGUGUGUGUGUGUGUGUGUGUGUGUGUGUGUGUGUGUGUGUGUGUGUGUGUGUGUGUGUGUGUGUGUGUCAUCACCUAAAGAGAAGGGUUCACCUAAGUAUGUACAUCAAUUGAUUUAGAUAAGUUACUCUACGUUGCUUUUUUUGGUUUCUUUUGCCGAUUUACUUUUUUUAUUUUUUUGUGAUUUCUUGCAUAUUUUUUUCUUUUAUUGUCUUCCUACUUUUCCAGUCAUGUUCCUUACUCACUAACAUUCUCGUUGUUUUGAUUUCACUGCCUUCGGACAAUAACUUUCUAUUUCGUAUGUAAUGUAUGCCUAAUAAAAUGUCUAACCUCA